CCGUGCCACUCUCUCCUCUCUCUCUCUCUCUCUCUCUCUCUCUCUUUUCCUCUCCGUCCAUGUCUCGUUCCUCGUUCCCUCCUCCCCCUCCUCUGCAAAUCCCUAUAGGGCUUCUUCGCCCGUAGCCUCCUCGAUCCGCGCCUAGGGUUUCAUCUCCCCGCCUCCGAGGUCGCGACGACGACGAUGGGCAUCGAGAUCGAGAAAGAGGGAGAGAGGGACCUGGAGAUGGGGUUGGCGAACCCCAGCUCGCCGUCCCCCUCGGCGAAGGCGCCGUCGCCGGCUCCGGUGCGCGUGCUAUCCAACUCCGGGAAGCGGAUGGACCAGGGGGCCUCGCCGUCCCCCUCCCCGGCGCCGGUGUUGGUGCUGUCGAACUCCGGGAAGCGGAUGGACCAGGGGGCCUCGCCGUCCCCCUCCCCGGCGCCGGUGCUGGUGCUGUCGAGCUCCGGGAAGCGGAUGGACCAGGCGUCGCCGUCGCCGUCGCCGUCUCCGACGGCGGCGGCCGCGACGGCGCCGGUGCUGGUGCUCUCGAACUCCGGGAAGCGGAUGGACCAGUCGGCGGGGAAGAAGAAGUACGUCAAGCAGGUGACGGGGCGGCACAACGACACCGAGCUCCACCUCGCGGCGCAGCGCGGGGACCUGGCCGCGGUGCGGCAUAUCCUGACCGAGAUCGACGCGCAGAUGACGGGAACAGGGGCGGAGUUCGACGCCGAGGUCGCAGAGAUCAGGUCGGCGGUCGUCAACGAGGUCAACGAGGUGGAGGAGACCGCACUGUUCAUCGCUGCGGAGAAGGGGUUCCUCGACAUCGUGGUUGAGUUGCUCAAGCACUCGGAUCGGGAGAGCCUUGCUCGGAAGAACAGGUCGGGGUUUGACGCGUACCAUAUCGCUGCGAGAGAAGGCCACCAAGCAAUUGUCCAGGUACUUCUGGAUCACGACCCAAGCCUUAGCAAAACAUUUGGUCCGUCAAACGCUACUCCCCUUAUAUCCGCUGCCACAAGAGGUCAUAUUGAUGUCGUCGAUCUGUUGCUAGAAAGAGAUGCUGGUUCAAUCGAACUUUCAAAAGCUAAUGGAAAAAAUGCUCUACACUUUGCUGCUCGCCAAGGGCACGUGGAAAUUGUUAAGGCUUUGCUUGCGAAGGACCCGCAGCUUGCCCGGAGGACUGAUAAGAAAGGACAAACAGCUUUGCAAAUGGCAGUUAAGGGAACAAGUAGUGAAGUUGUCAAAGCUCUUGUGGAUGCUGAUCCGGCUAUAGUGAUGCUGCCGGACCGAGCUGGGAACACAGCGUUACAUGUGGCAACAAGGAAGAAACGGGCAGAGAUCGUGAACGUUCUGCUCCUCCUUCCUGACAUCAAUGUGAACGCAUUGACCAGGGAUCAUAAAACUGCCUUUGACAUUGUAGAGGGCCUCCCGCUCUCCGAAGAGUCCGCCGACAUUAAAGAAUGCUUAGCUAACCAUGGUGCUGUUAGAGCCAAUGACUUGAACCAACCCCGUGAUGAACUCCGAAAGACCGUGACAGAGAUCAAGAAGGACGUACACACCCAGCUCGAGCAAACCCGAAAAACCAACAAGAACGUCAACGGGAUAGCAAAGGAGCUCCGCAAACUCCACCGAGCUGGCAUCAACAAUGCGACCAACUCUGUUACUGUGGUUGCAGUACUCUUCGCCACAGUUGCUUUUGCAGCCAUCUUUACUGUUCCCGGCGGAAACGAAAAUAAUGGGGUUGCCGUUGCCGUCCAAACUGCGUCCUUUAAGAUAUUCUUCAUAUUUAAUGCUGUUGCCUUGUUCACUUCUUUAGCGGUUGUGGUUGUUCAGAUAACCCUAGUGAGGGGGGAGACGAAGGCCGAGAGGAGGGUCGUGGAGGUCAUUAAUAAGUUAAUGUGGUUGGCCUCUGUUUGUACAACAGUUGCAUUCAUCUCUUCUUCUUAUAUAGUGGUGGGCCGGCACUUUCAGUGGGCGGCGGUGCUCGUGACUCUGAUAGGGGGAGUGAUAAUGGCGGGGGUUUUGGGAACAAUGACUUACUACGUGGUGAAGUCGAAGCGCACCCGGUCUAUUAGAAAGAGGGAGAAAUCCUCCAGGAGGAGCGGCUCGAACUCGUGGCAUCAUAAUUCCGAGUUCUCCGACUCUGAGAUCGAUAGGAUCUACGCCAUUUGAAGCAAUUUCUGUUGCUGAUCAUUUCAUGCCUACUGUAUUUAUAUGAUGCCCUAUGAGCUAAUGGUGUUCUUUGUGUAUGGCCAAGCUUAAAAAUCCAUGAAAAAACUGUUACGUUGUUCCUAAAUCUGUAGCUAAAUAUCCCUUAUGUAUCUCUAUGAAUGGAAACUUCAGUAAAUUAAAUUUAUGUUCCCGAGAUUAUAAGACUCGGAUCGGUAAAGACGAAGGUGAGUUUUUUUUUUUUACCUCGAGAAGGGUGCAAGUGAUCAAA